AGCUGGACAACACAACACGGCAGAUUAUUAGUGAAGCACUACUUUCACAUUCAAAGAAAAAUGCAGACGGUUCAUACUCAGCUCAGUACGGGCAGAUCAACACGCUUGCUGCAGAAUAUAAUGUGUCCAGAAAAACCGUGAGCAACAUAUGGGCCAUUGCAAAGAAACAAAUAGAGCAGGGCAUUGUCAUUGAUGUGAGAAGCAAACUGGCAGGAAACAGUGGCAGAAAAAGGGCAGUGAUGGAUAUAAAGGCUAUAGCAGACACUCCCCUCCGGAAGAGGACUAAUGUAAGAUCAUUAGCAGCUGCCAUUGGUAAGCCUAAAUCAACUGUUCAUGAGUGGAUUAAAAGAGGUCUGCUUAGGAGCCAUUCUAAUGCUAUAAAACCAUACCUCACAGAUGCCAAUAAAAUUUCAAGGCUCAGGUUCUGUUUAGAUCAGGUAGAACCCUACAGCAUGCCAAUCCACCCUAGGUUUAAGAGUUUUCACAAUGUUUUGCACAUUGAUGAGAAGUGGUUCUUUAUGUCUAAAACAUCUCAGAAAUUUUAUCUCCUUCCUGAUGAAGCAGACCCAUACAGGGCAUGUAAAUCAAAAAGGUUCAUAGCUAAAGUGAUGUUUCUGUGUGUGGUUGGGAGACCACUAUUUGGGGAUAAUGGAGAAGUGUUAUGGGAUGGCAAAGUUGGCAUAUUUCAUUUCACAGAAAAAUGCAAAGCCAAAAGGAAGAGCAAGAACAGACCCAAAGGGGUGUUAGAGGUGAAACCAAUAACUAGUGUUACCAAACAAGUCACAAAAGAUAUGCUCAUCAAUAAAGUGAUACCAGCAAUCCAAGAAAAAUGGCCCUCACAUUUAUCUAAAGACAUACACAUUCAGCAAGAUAAUGCAAUGCCACACAUUCAAGGAGUGGAUUCAGACUUUAUGGCAGCAGGUAACACAAAUGGGUUUCACAUAACUCUACACAACCAACCCCCUAACUCCCCAGACUUGAAUGUCUUGGAUCUUGGAUUUUUCAGAGCCAUCCAGUCUUUAAAAGAUCAGUGUGCUCUAAGUACUGUGGUAGAGUUAUUAGAGGCAGUGGAAGGAGCAUAUGAUGCUCUAAGUCCACAAACCCUAAACAAGGUUUGGUUGUCUUACCAACAGGUUUUGACUAAAGUAAUGGAAAAUGAAGGAGGCAACAACUACAAAUUGCCACACAUGGGGAAAGACAGACUAGCCAGGGCAGGGAAUCUUCCCAGCUGCUUGAACAUUGAACUAGCCUUAAUUGAGAAGACAGCAAGACUGCUUGGUGAACAGAAUGCUAACACAAAUGAAGAGAUGGUUGAGUUCAACACUGAAGAUGGAGAUGACUACCUUUCUUCAUAGUUGAACUGAACACAACCUUCUAAUUCCUGAUUUUUUUUGUUUUGGGUUGUGGUUACCACUGAACUGAACCCAGCUUUUUUGGUUUUUGAU